CUAGUCAAUUUGGUUUUCACGAGCGACUCAACUGAAUCUCUCGUGUAUGAUAUUCUACAACUGAAUGUGCUGCACACAGGCCGCUGCAGGAUCUUCGAGAUAUCGCAGCAUGUUUUUAUAAAGGAAACUACUCACAAGGUUGCUGAAAAAUCUCCGACAACCCACGACCGGUUUUGCUCUUCUUGGGGCUCAUCAGGUAGGCGCAGUCCCCAAGUUUUCGUCAAAUUUAUGAUCUACUUGAUGAGCCCCAAGAAGGGCGAAACUGGUCGUGGCAGCAACCUUCGCAAAUUGGUGGCUGAUCAGAUGGCAGUUGAUCUGUUCGCCGAGCUUGGCAAUUGGCUUGCAAACGUUUCGUCUCCAGUCGAGGAGACAUCGUCAGUGCGCAGUUGUUGGUGCGCAUUCAACUGCGCACUGACGAUGUCUCCUCGACAACCGGAACGAACGUUUGCGAGCCAACUGCUAAGCUCGGCGAACAGAUCAACUGGCAUCCGAUCAGCCACCAGUAAACACACCCGAGCUACCUAUAUUUCGACAAAUUGA